GGCGCGGCCGGGGAAGCAAUGGCGGUGAAAAGCCUCUUUAGUUGUCGGAUCGUCGACAUCAGCUCAUACAACGCCACUCCUGUGAAAGAUCUAGACGUUUGCUACUCAGAAUUUCGCUCCAGCGCCGUUGCAAAGGUUCCCGUCGUCCGGAUCUUCGGCUCCACGCCAACCGGACAGAAAACGUGUCUCCACGUUCAUGGAGUAUUUCCGUAUAUCUUCGUUCCCUCUCCGGUUACUAACCCCUCGCCGAGCUACCUCCAGCAGCUUGCAUCCAGCAUUGAUCAAGCUCUCCAGCUCUCGCUGGGCGGAAACGGGUUAAAAUCGGACCAGCAUCACGUGUUCAAGAUAUCAGUGGUCAAGGGAACACCAAUGUAUGGGUAUCACGAGGUGAAAGAUUUAUUUCUGAAAAUCUACCUCUAUAAUCCUGCCAUGACCAAAAAAUUGUCCGAGCUGUUGGUUGCGGGGGUUGUCAUGGGAACGGUGCUGCAGCCACAUGAAGCUCACAUUCCGUUCGUGUUACAGAUGAUGAUAGACUACAAUCUCUACGGCAUGAACUUCAUCCAUCUCUCAUCGAUCAAGUUCAGAUCAGCCAGAGAGAGAGUAACUCCAGAGAGGUCACGAAGUCGAUCAUUUUCUUCUCCUCCUCUUCUCUCUCCCACCUCUCCCUUCUCCUCCUCCCUGGUCCCGACUCCAUCCCAGCAAGUAUGGGAUGUGGACGGCUUACCUGGGUCAAUGAUAGUGUGUGUUCCGAGAGUGAGUGAGUGUGAACUGGAAGUCGAUGCACUGGCUGUGGACAUACUAAACAAGGAACAAACCUCAGUUGCAGGAGAAGGAUUUCCAGGGCUGGCUGCAGUGUGGGAAGAGGAGAGAGAGAGGAGAAAACGUCUUGGCCUCCGCGACUCCCUGACACCUCCUCCUUCCCCUGACAGAGAACGUUCUUCAACAGAACUACCAGAAAUGACAGCUGCAUUUGCCACCAUCAUUGAAGAAAGACUAGGACAAAGUGAAGAUGAUAUGUCGCUUUCGCGAGUAGCAGCUGAGUGAAACUGAAAAGUCAUGGGAGCCAUACAACUCAAUCAGAUCGGCGA